AGAUCGAUGAGCCAAGGAUCUGUCGAGCUUGAGAUCUUCAGGGUCUUAUCUAUCGGGGCUGAUAUACAUAUAUAUAAUAUAUUUUAUGUAUUUGUACUGGUACUGAUAAGAGAAGAAAGUGAAGCAGAUAGGGUCGAGACACGCGGCGGCAUGAGGUCAUUGUGCCUACCCCACCGAAAGGAUCACUGGCAUUGCGCCUGGGCUGACGCAGAUCCCCCGUGACCACGAGGCUACGCUGACCGCGAUCGUGGGGGCGGGCAUGCUGCCAGAAGGGAGGAAGGGAGGGUGGGAAGACACACAAUAUGAAGUUGAGCCGCAUUUCCAUCUUUGUGUUCCUCUCAUCGUCCACCAACUGAGUUCAACUCCACCACCGUCAUGUCGCCCUCCGUACUCAACUCCACCGUCGAGACGACCCAAAUCAUCAUCAGGCUCUCCAGCCCUCUCGCCGAGCUCGCCACGCUCACCCCCCUCGUCGAUCUGCUCGCCCUCACAUACGCAGUCACCGUGCCCUCGCCCCUCAAGCAGUCUCGUCUUUCCACGCUCCUGCACACUCUCUCGUCCGACCCAUGCCCAUCUUCCCAGCCCGCGCCGCACAGCGAGGCAGAGAAGCUCAAUUCCUUUAUCCGCUUCCUCUCCCCGGUGCUGAACGGCAUGGCGGGCCUGCGGGACUUUGAGGCGGCCGUCGACCUGCGUGAUGACGACCCGCAGGACUUUCGAGACUUUUGGACGCUGGAGGGGCGCAAUCUGAUAAAGGAAUACGUCGAGGACGGUCAGGUGGGGGGCUCCAGCCCGGGAAGCGAAAAGGUGUUUCUGGAUUCGUUUGUGCGGGAUGUGUCGAGAAGAGUGGCGCUGAGCCAUGAGGGGCGCCUGAUGCUCGUCGAUGGGCACCGCAAGGUUGGGGAGGAGGUGUCUGUGGCGGAGACGAAGCGAGCUGGUUUGUUGAUAUACAGAGAGCAGGGGCUGGAGGGGUGAGGAGGGGCUUUGUUCUCGUCAUGAUGAGUUAUGAGGUACGGCCUGG